AUGCAGUUGGAGGACUUGAUGAGGUAUCCGGACAUUGCCUUUCGUUAUUUCGGCAUGGCACCCCGUUUCGAGUGGACCGCCCGGAGAACCGUGGCACCCAAGCAGACUGUGACCAGGCAGAUCGUGUUUAUGGUGGGAUCCCUGUGCUUGGGCUAUCAGAAUCUGGGUAUGAUCAUCUACUGGGUCCUGUUUAAUAGUCAACAAAAGGAAAUAAGUAUGUACGUGGCAAAGAUCGCGGAGAUGGGCAGUGUGCUGGCGCUCAUCUUCGCCGGGUUCCUAAACAUUUGUGCCUUGACGUCCAAGAGACCCCAGAUCGAGGCGGUGCUUGCCGAACUGCAGGAGAUGUACCCCGAGCCCAGGCAGAGGUUUUACCGCAUCCGACACUACAACGAUCAGGCAGUAGGUUUAAUGAAGUUCACGGUCAACUUCUACGUGAUCUUCAUCAUAUACUACAAUAUCGCGCCACUUGUGCUUCUUCUAUGCGAACACCUCAUGGACUCGCAGGACAUUAGCUACCGGGCCCAGAGCUACACGUGGUAUCCCUGGCAGGUGUACGGCUCACCUCUCGGCUACUCGGCAGCCUAUCUAUGCCAGGCCAUUGGCUCGAUCCUCGGAGUGGGUUUCAGUAUGUCUAGUCAGCAGUUGAUCUGUCUCUUCACCACCCAACUUCAGCUGCAUUUUGAUGUCAUGGCCAACCACCUAACUGCCAUUGAUGCAAAAGAGCCCACGGCGAAUCAACAGCUCAGAUCCCUGAUCCUAUACCACCGUCGCAUACUCCGGCUUGGCGAUCAAGUAAAUCGCCUCUUUAACUUUACCUUCGUGGUCAGCCUAAUCGUUUCGACCAUCGCCAUUUGCCUGACAAGCAUUGCCACGAUGUUGCUCGAAUUGCACAAGGCCCUACUGUACAUAAGUGGUCUAAUCGCCUUUGUCUUCUAUCACUUUUUGAUAUGCUACAGGGGCAGUGUGGUCACUUUGGCGGUAAGUACUGAAUAA